AUGGCGACGACUCAURGACUAACGGUUGUUAAAAAUCUCUGUUAUUCGGCUCCAAGAAAACCUAAAACUAAGAUUCCUGCCACUGAAAAUGAGCGAGUAUUACAUGACCCUUCUGACGAAGAUUCAGAUUACAGAGAAAAGCAGUUUUCAUCUCGAAGCCAAGGAACGAAAAUCCAUACACCAAAAGCCAUGAUGGAAUCAUUGAAAGAACUCCAAACAGUUGACGAAAAAGACUUCUACAAGCAUCUUUUAGCUUUGAAGAGAGAACAUAAGAAAACUCUUAAGCACGUAGAGAAAGUUUAUUAUAGUGAAUUACAAAGACAUCAAAAUGGAUUCGAUUUAGACGACAAAACACGGAUAGCUGUUGAAGAUGAAAGUUUGGUGAAACGUGCAGCAAGGAAGACCAUCCCUGAUACUUAUAAUCCUUAUGAAGAUGGCUAUGAAGAACUAUUAAAAAGUGAUUUAUUGCCAGCUACUGAUUUGGUACGAGAUAUGUCAGUUAACGAUGAGCAAGAAAACAAAGACCCAAACUACGAACUCAGAGARAAUAGAAGGCGAUCUCACAGUGAUCUCAGUGAUGAUAGCUGGUCUGAGAAUGAAGAGGAAGCUCCAAGAAAACGAACUCAGAGCAGCGAAGGUCGUGUUUUUUACAAGGAAAUGUUGCCUAAUAGAUCUACUGCUCUUGAUACUGUGGAAAGCUACUGGAAGGAUUUUAAUGUUUAUGACUAUCCAAAUGAAACUGGCAGUCCUCCUAAAGCAACCAAACAAACUGACAGUUGGUCACCAUGUAUUACUAUACCUAAGCCAUUCUCAAUGACGAUUAGAGAAGCCAAGAAAUCUAAAGAGAAGAAAACACGAUCCAUUCGCCUGAUGGAAGAAGAGUUAAAGGCAAAGAAGGAGAAAGAGGAGUCAGAACUUCAAAAGAAGUUUCGAUCACAACCAAUUCCAGCCACAACGUUUCUUCCCCUUUAUGACGAAAUCAACAGGCAAAACGAGGUUCGUCGACACCAUGUCAGAGAAACCAGUAAAGCUCUUUUAAAGUCCUCAGAAAGACCUUUUAGUUUCAUGGAGAGGGAAGAGCAAAAGCGCACAUUAAGACGUUCAAAAUCUCUAAGCAGUUUAUCAGAUCUCACUCCCAAGAAAGAAAGCAAAGGAUUUAAAGCUAACCCAUUCCCAGCGCACUUGUUUGACUUAACUCUAGCUGAUAAACUKGCCGAGCAGGACGAGUAUCGAGCUAUUAAAGUAAGGAUGAGAUCACAGGAAACCCUUGCUAAAUCACGACUUCCCAUGAGUAUGGAGGGGCGCGGUCGCCAGUACACUAUUGGUAAACUUAGGAAUAAAGCCAUGAAAGAAAAGGAAAAGAAGGCGUUUAUGACGAAAGACCAUACUUUUAGACCUCAGAUCAAUCAUGAUAUUCCUGAYUUUGAUCAGCUCCAAUAUCAAUUCGACAAGGAGCUGAGGACAAAGAAGAAAGAACGCGAACCAACUGUCGUGGAGCCUUUCAAUCUACGAACAGCGAGCUUAUCAGAAACUAGAAAGUCCCGUUCUCUUCAAACGAGAUCCAUUGACGGUUUGUGGAGGAACAUGGGACGGUCUGGGAGCAGAGAACGUCCAGCUAGUGCCAGGUCCCUUAGCAGAGAAAGACUAUCUACUUCCAGGUCCCUAAGCAGAGAAAGACCCUUUAGUGCCAGGCCUAGCAGCAGGGAACGACCAGCAAGUGCAACGUUGUCAUACUCAUCUGAUACGCUUCCAUUUGGCACUACAGAGUCUACCCGAUUGAGAGAAAGCAAAAUUCGAAAAAGCCUCGAUGAAAAGAAAACAAAACAAAAACAGGAUGAUAGGGAACAGCAAAGAAAACAACGAAGACUGCGAAAACUACAGCCUGAGGUUUCACGCAAAGCAAUGGCUAACGAUAACAGUUGGCAGCUGAAGAGGACAGCUGAUGUUAAGAUAAAGAGCUACAGGGAGGCAGACAAAGCAAGAAGAGAGGAAUACUCACGAGAACUUGAAGAUAUACAAAGUCGUGUCGAGAAAAGACCGUUGCUGUUUGAACGACAAUCACAGCUUAACGCUAAGCGAACUGCAGAACGGAAAUAUGAAGAUAUUUUACGCAGUGCUGGUGUGGACGAGCAGCUUGUCAGGAGCUUGGUGACUAAGGAGGGAAAUAUCGUAGACUUAGAAUCAGACGAAGAACGUGACAGUAGCGACAGUGAGAUAGAUGAUGUGGUAGGAGCUGCAACUCAAAUGAUUGAGGAUGACAAAGAUGAAAUCAUAGGUACUGCUUACUCGAAAAACAUUGCUGAUGAUUAUAAUGAGGACUACAGUGACUCCGAGACAUGACCAUAGAUAUACAUUAGAUAGUCGUAGAURUAACAUCGUGAUUGCUAACCAUACGAUAUGUAGAUAGAGGACUUAUGAUCGUUAACCAUUCCCAUCGAAUACUUGUGGAAACUGCAAGCUCUUCGCUCGUAACAUUAAAAAUUCACCAUAAUACGAAUACUAGCAGUAGUAAUAUAGCACUAAGCACUAACAUUAUUUCCUUACAAUUAUAAAAUAGAUGUAUAUUAUUUUUAUGUGGUUUGAUAAUUUAUG